AUGUAUGACGAGCAGUACUAUGCGGCCUCGCGACGUCGCUCUGUCGCCACGCCUCCCCCAUCCACAUCUCCAUACCACAGUCGAACCCGCAGCCAUAGUGUCCGCGUAAGCAACGGCACCGUCAGCACCAACACCAGCUUUUCCAGCGGGCAAAUGUCGGACGCAACCAAUAUCACUCAGCCACCUUCAUAUUCAAAAAAGUUUGUCGUGAAAUACGUUCCGACCGUCUUUGAGAACUAUAUCACUCAGACGGUUCAUCGUUCAUCUGGGAAGACCGUCGAGCUAGCCCUCUGGGAUACCGCGGGGCAAGAAGAAUACGACCGUUUGCGCCCGUUGUCCUACCCAGAAACAGACCUUCUGUUUGUCUGCUUCGCAAUUGACUGCCCCGCAUCCUUGGAAAAUGUUAUGGACAAGGUAAGCAAUAUGAUCCAUGAGGACUUUCAACCCUGGAAGCCAUCCUCUGUCCUUGUACUGACAACCCUGCCAGUGGUAUCCGGAAGUCCUGCACUUCUGCCCGACAACCCCGAUUAUCCUGACCCAAGGUCUCACGCCUAUUACCCGGAGCAAGGCAACGCCGUCGCUCAACGGAUGGGCGCAACCUAUGUGGAAUGCAGCAGCAAGGAGAUGCGCGGCGUAGACGAUGUCUUCGCCAAGGCAGUCGACAUGGCCGUGUCAAUCGAAGAGCAAGGUUGGAAAACACAGCAGCCCGGUAAGAGUAGCAGCAGUGCCAAGCAACCCAGCAGCAGCCGCCCCGGUAAGAAGAUCAAAAAGCGAUCCUGCAAGAUCCUGUAA